UCUAAUUAAAGUGACGCAGUUGGACAAAAUUUCAUUCAAGUGUCUGAGUUUUUCAAACUGGCAAGCUAGAGGGAUUUCUCCUGGUAGAAUAAUUUCGACUACAGUAACUUCGGAUUGGGCCCAAAAUGCUUAUAAGGACAUGAUCUUGGCACAUUUUGGCAUAUUCAGGCUUGGUGUGUACUCUUUCUUCUAGUCCAACCUUUGCUGUUAAUACCGUCAGUGCAACAUUUUGCAGUCACCACCAUCAUCAUGAAUCGAUUCAUCGUUCUGCUGCUACUUUGCGCCAUUGCAGUUCAACAAAUCAAUGGGCACCCAGACGCGGCUGUCAAAGAGGGAGGGAGAGUGUUCCGCGGUCAUCCGCACUACUGUGGCGCAACUCUCCAAGAAAAAUACCGCGAGAUUUGCCAGGCGUUCCGUGGAGUCUCCAACCAAGAGUUUCUGGAUUCAAAGGACGCCAACACAUUCUUGUUCGGACGUGGCAUCGGAAAGCGUAACCUUAACGAGGAAUGCUGCUCUGAGGGAUGCUCCGAUGAGGAAAUUUAUGAAAUCUGCUAAGGGAGACAUCCAGGCGGACCCAGCUAUCUCCUUGCAUCGGCACAUUCAGCUUUACAACAAAUAACGUUUUCCCUCUCAAAUUGGUGGUGGCUUAUAUAACUGAAAUCAAAUAUAAAAUGCUGUUUGAUGAGUGGCGUGUCCAGCAGGGGGGGGCAACUUGCUCCCCGACGGAUUUUGUUUUUACAAAUAAUACUUCAUAAUAGUUAAGUAGGAAAGAAAGUGAUAUUUCAUAAAAUAUUAGCACCAAAACCAUUCUACCUCCAUUUUUUGGGAGUCCAUUCUGCUGCCAAAGCGCCGUCUCAAAGCAAAUUAUGUGACUUAAAUAGCAAUAAAGAAUGUGAUAAACCCCAAAACCAUUUACCGUGCCACAUCCCUGCUUAUGCAUUACAUGUAUUUGCAAUUCCUCUCUUGGGAUAUAUGCCCUAGUUCAAAUUAUCAAGGCCAACUGUGAUGGGCCUAUCUUAAGAUUAUCUCACCCUUUCGGCUAUUGGCCCUUUUCUUUCUGUUUUAUCUUUAUCAACACAACUAUGAUUUGAAUCUGCACGAAAGAUUAAUAAAAAUUUAAUUGCAAACAA